ACGUGAAAGACGUUUUGACAGCAAAGUGUUAACAAAGGGGAUUUAAAUAAGCAUUUAAAUGCUCUCUGCCAGCAUUUGGUGAAAUAUCUAGGCGAUGUUUGUAUGCUCUGUUUUUUCGCACGCUCCAGAAAGUUACUUUUGUGACUUUAUUUGGGUCAAAGGGUAGUUAGUGAAGCUAGUUCCGCCUUGCUUUCUCCCUGUGAUGGACAGCAGCGACAAGUGUCAAAAGUAAUCAGGGCUCUGCGAGAUAACGUUACAGGAUAAACACGUCUGCUGCCUUUUGGAUACAUUUCCACACAAGUUAGCCGGUUACGAGAAAAGGAGUGCCAUAAUCACUGCUGCUAAGUUGUCCUGCUUGAACUGGACGUUACAGCCAAACUGCAAGGAAAAGGUUUCUGGGGAAGAUUUAAAUGAUGAUCAAUGAUCUUCAGUAGAAGUAAGUUGAUGAAACAGGAGCUGCUGACUGCUGAGCUUUGGACACUGUGAUGGAAAAUCAUGACGAUGAGGUCGACCUGCAACACAGCACAACACGGGGUGAAGAAGGAAACUCUGAUGGGGGAACACCUCCAACAAAACGCAAAGGCAAGUUCUCCAAAAUGGGAAAGAUCUUCAAGCCCUGGAAAUGGAGAAAGAAGAAGCCAAGUGAAAAGUUCACUGAAACAUCGAUAGCCUUGGAAAGAAAAAUUUCUGUUAGAAAAAGUCGUCAAGAGCUGGUUGCAAGAGGGGUUCUAAAGGAUAUUCCAGAGAAUGAGAGCAAUGACGUAAGGUCCUCUAAAGGUCCCCCAGUGAAAAAUGGACACCCCAUGCCGAUGGAUGUGGACAGGGUGUCUGAAGCAGGGGUACGAGUGUCUCGAGGGGAAUCUGACAUCAAGGCGAAUCAACUCAGGCUGCCCCAAGCAGAUGAACGUCGAAGCAGAGCUCCAUCCGAUGCUUCCCGAACUAGCCGGGCACCUCUUGACGUGGACUCUCACGCACGGCUUCCUGUGGACGUAGACAGACGAAGCCGCGUACCAUCAGAUCUUGACAAGAGAGGUGGAUCUUUACCCCGAGGACCUCCACAAGAUGAUAGAUACCGCAGAGAAGAGAGGAGAGAUGGCAAAGAUGACAGGGAGGACAGAGGAAGGAAAAACAGGGAAGACAUGGAAAGAAGGGACUGGCGAGAGGAAAGGGAAAGGGAUGGGGGAGUUGACCGAAAGGAAGACAGAGACUUCAGGGAUAGGCGAGACUGGAGAGAUGAUAGAGAGAGGAGAGAUGAAAGAACAGAGAGAGACAACAGGGAAAGGAAAGAUCGGGACGAUAGGGAGCGAAGAGAUCGGGACGAUAGGGAGCGAAGAGAUCGGGACGAUAGGGAGCGAAGAGAUCGCGACGAGAGAGAGCGAAGAGAUCGCGACGAGAGAGAGCGAAGAGAUCGCGACGAGAGAGAGCGAAGAGAUCGCGACGAGAGGGACCGAAAGGAUCGGGACGAGAGGGAGCGCAGAGAUCGCGACGAGAGGGAAAGGAAGGAUCGGGACGAGAGGGAGCGUAGAGAUCGCGACGAGAGGGAAAGGAAGGAUCGGGACGAGAGGGAGCGCAGAGAUCGCGACGAGAGGGAAAGGAAGGAUCGUGACGAGAGGGAGCACAGAGAGCAUGAGGAGAGGGAAGGGAGAGAUAGGGAUGAGAGAGGAAGAAGAGAUAGGGACGAGAGGGAAAGGAGGGACAGGGGAGAAGAUAGGGAUUGGCGUCUUGAGAGAGAAAGAAGAGAGAACAGAGAUGACAGGAAAGAUGACAGAGAAAGAGAAGACAGGGAGAGGAAAGACGUGCGAGGAGAAAGAGAUGAUGGGGAUAGGAGAGAUGACCGAGACAGGAGAGAGGAUAGGGACAGAAGAGAGGAUAGGGACAGAUGGGAUGACUGGGCCAAGAGGAAUGAAAGAGAGCGACGAGAUGAAACGAGGGAUGAGAAGGAGAGGAGAGAAAAGCCGGAGCCUCAGCGCACUGUGGAUGACUCGCGGCCUAUCGUCAGGCCUGCCUCUGAUAUAGACUUGCGGCCUCCUCUACAGAAGAGUUCCUCGGAGGACAACAAGAGGGCUCGCCCAGCCUCAGAGGCCGACAAGAGGAGUACCCUGCCCAGAUACAUCCCAGCUACAGAGUUCAGAGAACGCUCAGAGUCCGCUGGUGUCCGCUUCGUCUCUGACUCUCAUCCAGCAAAAGACUCCCAGCAGGAACCUCCGCCGCCCAAACAGGCUCUGCUCCCCCCUAAAUUUCUCACCGCUCCCUCCACUGAGUCCAACCGGAGUCCAAACCCCUCCUCUUCUUCAUCCUCCUCAUCCUCCUCCUCCUCCUCUUCCUCCUCCUCAUCCUCCUCUGCUCCCGUAGCCGUGGCCAAGCCGCCGAGGACAGUCUCCCUACUGGCUGAUGACCCGCCUCGACCCUCCCUCGCUGCUCCUUCCUCAGCUGACUCUGACGCGCCACCCCCUAUCCCUCCCCACGCCAAGCAGCCCCCUGUCCCUCCACCCAAACCCACCAACCGCAACAGCAACCCUGCACUGCUUGCGGAGCUUUCACAGCCUGGAAGUGGCAUCAUCAUCGUGCCAGCUCCCGCUAAGCGCUCGCCACCGACACCACCAAAGAGGAUGACCCCUGUAACCAAGCGCCAUUCUGUGGACCCCUCCCCUCCCAGUCAGGUCCCAGAGUCUCCCACUGCUGACCCGACCGCUGCCCCUGCACUGCCGCCCCCUGCUGUCCAUAAAGGAGAGAGCAGUGAGGACAAGACAAACGCAGCAGCAGUUCCUCAGGCCUCCACUGAGUCUUUCCCUUCACCACCAUCCCACAUACCUCCAUCCCCUCCCAGGGUCCAGUCGCUGCAGCCGCCAGGCACGUCCUCCUCUGGUCCGGUGCCCAGCGUGCAAGCCGAUCCCCCUAGCCCGACCACCGAGCCUCCCAGCCAGCCACCAGCCAUUCCCCUGCACAUCCUCAUCCAGAGAGCCCUGGCCAGCCCCGGCCCAGCUCAGCCAAACCCAGACGGCUCCCAGAGGGCACACUCACUGUUGUUUGAGUCUCCUCCAGAUUUCCUCAUCGAAGGGGGGAAUAACCCGAGGCACUCGCUCCCCAUCACCAUCGAACCUCUGAGGCUGCCAGAAGACGAUGACUUUGACAUGGAGGAGGAGAUGCGGAAGCUUCAGCCUCAGAGGAUUCCUCGCCACCCUGAGAUGGAGCCCCGCAGCAGGAGGGGUUUGGUGGGGGAUCCCAGAGUGAGUGUCAUCCACGAGAGUGGAGGCCCCGGGGACAGUGAGGAGUCUGACUCUGACGGCCCCAUCCUGUACAGAGACGACGACGACGAUGAUGACGACGAGGAAGGCCCUCCGAGUGGGCUGGCGAGCCGCGUGAAGAGGAAGGACACGUUAGCCCUGAAGCUGGAGAGACAAGAGAGGGAGGAAAGGGCUGAUCAGGAGAACCACAAUGAAAUGAGCUGGCACAACAGGGAGCAGUGGGUGGCGCUGAGGAACAAGAUCGGCACCACCCUGAACCGGCGGCUGAGUCAGAGACCGACAGCAGAAGAGCUGGAGCAAAGAAACAUCCUUCAAGCCAAGAACGAAACGGAUCGACGAUUAGAGAGAUGCGAGAUCAAACGGAGGCUCACGAGAAAGCUGUCGCAGAGACCCACAGUGGCUGAACUCCAGGCCAGGAAGAUCCUGCGUUUCCACGAGUACGUCGAGUCCACCCAUGCUCACGACUACGACCGGCGGGCAGAUAAACCGUGGACCAAGCUCACUCCUGCUGACAAGGCUGCCAUCCGCAAAGAGCUCAAUGAAUUCAAGAGUUCAGAGAUGGAGGUUCACGAAGAAAGCAGGAUCUAUACCCGGUUCCACCGGCCUUAGCUGUCCAUGCUGACCAGAGAAGCACUUAGACUGGGAGUGGUGAGGAGGCACAAGUCCCUCUCCCCACUGUGAACUGAACAUGUGGCCCAUUUGGUCCCUUUUUAACUGACUGCCUGCUAACGUGCGUCAUCUGAAGACGACGCUGUCGCUGAUGACUGGAACCAGAGCCAAGGAAGCCUCGAAUCAAUUCAACCUCGGGUGGCCCUCAGACGCACUCCAGUUCAUAGACUGUGGAAUUCAGGACAGGAUGUUUGCUGGUGCGUCCACGUUGGAGGCACCCGGUGCCAACACUAACAGAGCGAGGAAUCCCCCUCCCUCCUGCUGGGGGCUCAGAAAGAGUUAGAUUGAACGGAAAGGACAACUGCUGGAGGGUUAUCACACUGUCUCUGUCAGGGGAAACCACUCUCACCAUGCCUUUACCUGCCUUCACGUUAUAUUUUCUCUCUUCCUUGCAAAACGGGAAGACCGUGCACAUAAAUGGAUCAUUGUAGUUCCUAGUAACACUGUCGACGGUACCACCAAACUGAUCUGGACUCAGUUUAAACACCGUGCUUAUGUUAGGUACCACAAACGUCUACCCAAAGGUGCCACACAGCACCAGCCUUACUCCUCACAUGAUCUCACACACUCAUUGUAUGUGAUUAAAGGUUCAGAUAAAAUGUGACAGACUUGUGUACAGCAGUGUGUUUCUUAUUUAACACUCAGUUAGAGCUCUAUGUGGAUCAACAGUUAGAGCUCUGCGUGUAGACCCUCAGAGCUCUGAUUCCAACCUGAUAUCAGAAAGUGUGCAUUUUACUGUAUUUUGUUGAUCAUUUAAAUGAUUCUCAUGGAGCACAUAUCUCUAGAUUAUUUUCUAAUACGGCACCUUAUGUUCCUUAUUUGGCUGUGUAGAAAAUUAAAAACUUUUGAGCCUAUAAUUCUAUGUUUAUAAUUGAGUUAUUCAAACAGGAAAAUGUACAUAUUUUUAUUUUCCUGCCUAUUUUAUGGUACUUUAUAUAUGCAAGUCCAUAGUUGGCUGCAAUUGUAUAGAUCAGUUAUAUAGAUUUGAUUGACUUUAUAUUGUACAUCCACAGUAAUGCUGAUAUGUUUUAAUUGUAAAGUAUUUCUCAAAUGUUAUUUCCAAGUAGUGACGGCACAAAACAGUUCUUUUUUUUUUGAUACAGAGAUCUUUAACAUGUUUUGCAAACCACACUGUAUAAAUGAGCAAUCCACUCAGAAAUUAAAAUAACCUGUGAUUUUCAUUCAA